UUUAGCAAUCGCUGUUGUAAGGUGUAGCAGACUUUGCCGGGAAGGGCUAGACGAGGCAUUGCCAAGAUGGCGUCUGGAUGGGCUUUUCAGUUGCUGUUGCUACUUGGUUUAACUGCAGUUUCUAUAAGCGGAAGCGACAGCGAAGUGAAAGGGACACAACGGCCAACAAGAGUGACCAGGCCUCCGAGGUUUGGUUUUCCUUUUAAUAUACCGAUUGACUCGGACAAACAGGGCUUCGUUUGGCCGGGCGCCGUAACAAAUUCUCCUGGCGUUGGCGUUGGCAAUCCAAAUGCAAACCCAGGUGGAGGAACAGGAAAUGGGAACCCAUCUGCCAGUAGCCCAUUAAACCCAAAUGGAAACCCAAUCAAUCCGAAUGGGAACCCAGGCGGGGGAACAGGACAUGGAGGUCCUUCUGCCGGCAAGCCAUCCAACCCAAACGGGAAUCCAACCAAUCCAAGUGGAAACCCGGGCGGAGGAACAGCAAACGGGAACCCUUCUGCUGGUACCCCAUUAAACCCAAAUGCAAACCCAGGUGGAGGAACAGGAAAUGGGAACCCAUCUGCCAGUAGCCCAUUAAACCCAAAUGGAAACCCAAUCAACCCGAAUGGGAACCCAGGAGAGGGAACAGGAAAUGGAGGUCCUUCUGCCGGCAAGCCAUCCAACCCAAACGGGAAUCCAACCAAUCCAAAUGGAAACCCAGGCGGAGGAACAGCAACCGGGAACCCUUCUGCUGGUACCCCAUCGAACCCAAAUGGGAACCCUAGCGGCGGCACAGGAAAUAAUGGCAAUCCUUCUGCAGGUACCCCAAACAACCCAAAUGGGAACCCAAAUAGCCCUAAUGGGAAUCCUGGUGGAGGAACAAGAAAUGGAAAUCCCUCUUCAGGUUACCCGUCAAACCCAAAUGGGAAUCCUGGUGGAGGAACGGGGAAUGGAAUUCCCUCUGCCGGUGGGCCAUCAAACCCAAAUGGGAACCCGGGUGGAGGAACUAGAGUCGGCCCAACAAACCCCAAUGUACCGGCACGUACAAACCCGAACGGACCAUCGGGUGGUGGGGAUAGAACCAACGUGGCACCGGCCGCCGGAUCACCAGGUGUGCAACCUGGUAAUGGACCAUCUCCGGCCGGUCCAGCUGGCAACCCAGGUUUACCAGGUCGACCAAAUAAGCCCCUGCUACCAGAUCCAGUCAAACUCUCUGCACCUAAGGAAAAGGUAGUUAUCAUUGGUGGGCAGCAAACAGGAGACGAAAGUAGCAGGAGCUCAGAGGAAAUGGGAGGCAAGACAAAGACGGGUGGAACAGGAACUAAUGGUGGCAGCGGCACCGGUGGCACAGGGAGCACUGGUGGCAGCGGUGGGACAACGGGUGGUACUGGAAGCAGCGACGGUACAGGAGGUCCAGCAGGGACUGACAGAACCGGAACCGCUGGCAGGGGUGGAGGCACAGGAAACAGUGGAGGUGCAGAAAGGCCAGACACUGAGGAGACAGGGGGUACUGCAACAAAUGGAGUCGGUCCGGAGAUUGAAACUGGUGGUCCUCGUACAGAUGGUGAAGGCGCCGAUACUUUCGAACCUAGUGUGGAUGGAUGGGGGAGCAUUGAUCCUGAGGGAUCGUUUGGAGGAGGGUCAGAGAGAACAGCUCCGAGGGGUGGGUCCGGGAAGGGUCAAGGCACCGGGACCUCCGGAACUGGAACCAGUGGCUCCGGGGGACCAGGCACGGGAAAUCCAGGCGGGAAUGGACCUCCUGUGGCGCCACCGACAUCGAUACCAAAAGGUCGGCUUACACGCCUCCCGUUGGAUAGGAACGGUCAGGGACGUCCCACACAACCGCCCAGGCAGCCAGCCCUUCCCGAGCGAGGUGCCGGUGCCUCAAACCAGGAAGCGGUCGAGAUGUACCGAGGACAUCUCCACCAGUCACGCUCGGAGGGAUCGCCAAUCACGUCAACGAACAACAGCAAACGGGUAAAAUAGCAGGAGGCGUGGUUGGAGGCGUGCUGGCGGGUCUGGUAUUGUUAACUGGAUCGGCUGUUGCGACGUACUAUGUCCACAAGAAAAGAAGAGCGCCCCCAAUGAGAAAACCUGGCGUUUAUGAAUCCAUGGAGAUGAGCUCCAAGCGUGAGUCACAUGUUAUUGAAGAACUGCCUCAAGAAACUGCAGUUGGCUAGAACUGCAACAACUAUAUUCCUGUUGUUGGUUAAAAUAAUUGACAAGCUGUUUGAAACAUUAGAUUCUUUUAAUCGCCCGGUGUCAUUGUCGUCGUGCCGGUGUCAUUUACUGUCAUUACCAUUUUACCUUUAUCGUCGUCAUCACCCAGCAUUGUCACCAACAUCAACUCCCAUGAUUAAAUCUGCCUAAUUAAUGACAUUUCAAAAUCACAUGGGAGAGGAGACUAAUGUUACUUCGUCAAUCGAUUCACGAUUGUGGGAAGAAUCAUAGGGUGUUGUCUUAAAGUUGUAACCGUAUGAAAGAAGGCACUAUUUGCGAAGUGGCGGGAAAGAUUCAUUUUCUUGUCUCUUUUUUUCCUUGUACUUAAAAGGACUGAAGAGAACUUGUAUAAAUAUACGCAUUGUAUAAAUAGCAUAGCUCAUAGUAAUUAUUUUGUUCUAUUUUGUUAGAUGUAAAUAAAACAAUAAUUGUUCAUCAUUUAAGCACAUACUGUAUUCGUAGGAACAAUUUUAAUAUUUGUGGCCUCGGGCAAUGGCUGUAAAAUAAAUUGUGGCGCUCUCUUUCGCUAAUGUUAUCCACCAGUAAAAACAUUGCUCCAUCCUAAUGCAUUUCGAAUUUUAAAUGUAUUAAAGACUCUCAGUUCUCAGUUUUUGAAGGGCUGUCAUGUUAUCGACGAAGGUAAAGACAAACCCGUGGGUAGCGUUCUAUGUUACAUUUUGUUCAUGGAAUUUUUCCGCUCAGUUGAUUGGACAUUCGAUAUUCGAUUAUGGAAAUUGUAUACACUAAUUAUAAAGAUUUUUCUUGUUCACGUGUUAUUGUAUAGAGGGAAUUUGUAAAUAAGUGGAUAUAUAACCUGUUUAAGAUUGUCUUGAACAUAGCUGCAUCAGGCUGCAGGCCAGUCUAAUAUUCUUUAUGUUUACUGAACUUUUAUAUCCAUAGGGUACCUAGGAGGUUUACUCUCCCUCCCCCCCCCCCUCCUUACCCUUGAGCUCCGUUGGGUGACGGAAGAGGAAAGGGUGGCGCAAAGCAGCCUUCGGCACCCAAGCUAAAGCCUUCCCCUAAACAUGGAUCAGUCCCUGAUAAAUAACAAGUUUCUUACUGUGAAUAAGUUUCUGGGAACAAUAAGAAACUUGUGCCGUUUGAUUCAUUUCAUUAUGCUGUGAACUAUUUUGGCUAUUAUGUAGAUUGGAAAUAAAG